AGUUCAGGUGAGGUCCACAUGCUCAGGUAACUGUGUGUUCGACAGACCUUUGCCACAGUUUCAGAGUCCUCUGCCCGGUUUCUUAUAAAAGUCCAUAAGUUUCCAGCCGGAGGAGUUCGUUUUCAAGUUUCAAGUGCUUGCUUGGACCCAGCCCCUCGGCUGGAAAUUCCGCGGCCGAUGAUGAUGAUGAUGGUGUGCCUUUGAAAAGGUGGAAAGUGAAAGUAAAGUUGACAAAAUAGCAUGGGACCUACCGCGGAGCAGAGCAGACUGACAGCAGCACCACAGCACGCUUGAGUCUGGAUGAUCGCAGCGGCAGCAUGACGGCAUGGAAACACGCCCGUCUGUGUCUCUUUGUUCUCUUGUGUCUGAUCAACCUGUCAAAAGAAGGCUGUGAGGAUUAUUUCACCGUGGAACGGAUGAAAAAAUAUCUGGACCACACUGUGUACCUCAUAGAGACUGGUGAACUGAAGGACACAUUGGAGUGUACAGUGGAGAGAGAGUGCAUAGACGGACACGAACCAUACUGUCUAUGGCUGGAUCACUGCUAUGACAGACAGAAGGAUGUGCCAAAAACUGAGACUGAAAAGUGUAAAGGGAACCCUUCUGUGGGAAUCAGUCACUAUCACUUCGGGUGCUUGGUAUCACACUACACAUUAUCCGAGCCUGUUGAAGGCUGUAAAAACUAUGAGCGUGUCUGUGAGCUCCAUAAAGAGAGACAGCCCAUUAUUUCUGAGGAGACAAAACCAUCACAUCGCCCACCACCACCACCACCAACAACAACAACAACAACAACAAAGGCAACACUGCCAGAAACAACAACAACAACAACAGCAGCACCAACAACAACACUGCCAGACACAACUAGAGCAACAACAACAACAGCAACAACAACAACAGCAGCAGCACCAACAACAACACUGCCAGACACAACUAGAGCAACAACAACUGAAACAACAACAACAGCAGCAGCACCAACAGUCACACAGAGCGCAGUUAGCGGAAACAAUGCCAAUAAUUCAAAGAUUGUACAUGAAGCAGGGAAUGAUAAUACAAACACAGACCCCCUCAAGAUAUUCUUAGGGAUUUCUGUGAUCUUCAAUGUGAUCGCAGUGCUGGGUGGUUUGUACAUGCGCCGCCGGUGGACGCAGGACAGUAAACAGUGGGGGAACAUGUUAGCCUUUGAGUCGAAGGGAUACCUAACAGAAGCUCAACCAGUGACAGAGCCGAGGUCAGAAACACCGCCGUCAUCUGCAAACAGGGAGGAAGAGAACAUCCACCUCAUGACGCCUCAGGACUGUCAGUCCAUCAUCACACAUUCUGCUGAUAGAGACAGUCAUUGCUGUGCUGCUGAGGAGGAAAAGCACCUUUAAGGACCCUGCUCACAACAUAGCUGUGGGAUGUAAGUAUGUGGGUGCCAGAAGGACCAG